GAGUGACCCAGGGUAUAACAUCAUGUUUUCUUGUAGCUGUACACCAAAUAUUGUGAUCUUAAACGGUGACAAUAUAUGAUUUGGAAAUGUUAAGUGCACAUUUGGACUCACAGGUGUUUGGCUUAUCUGUAUGACAUCAUAGUUGUAUUUAUAAUAAUCCUCAACAUCUCAUCUUUUUAAAAUACACUGAUCAAAAAUAUAAACGCAAUAAUUUCACAGAUUUGACUGAGUUACAAUUCAUAUAAGGAAAUUCAUUAUGCCCAUUUCUAUGGAUUUCACAUGCCUGGGAAUACAGAUAUGCAUCUGGUAGUGACAGAUAUCUUUUAGAAAAGGUAGGGGCGUGGAUCAGAAAACCAGUCAGUAUCUGGUGUGAUCACCAUUUGCCUCAUGCAGUGCGACACCUCUCCUUUGUAUAGAGUUGAUCAGGCUGUUGAUUGUGGCUGGAUAUAGGCGGGAACUGCAACACUCUGUUGUACACGUCUGGUGAGUAUGAAGGCCAUGGAAGAACUAGGACAUGUUCAGCUUCCAGGAAUUGUGUACAAAUCCUUGGGCGCAGCAUUAUCAUGCUGAAAUAUGAAGUAAUGGUGGCAGAUGAAUGGCACGACAAUGGGCCUCAGGAUCUCAUCACGGUAUCUCUGUGCAUUAAAUGCAAUUGUGUUUGUUGUCUGUAGUUUAUGCCUGCCUGUACCACAACCCCACCGCCAUCAGAAAACCGCUCGCCCCCAACGCCAUACACGCUGUCUGCCAUCUGCCUGGUACAGUUAUAACCGGGAAGAGCACACUUCUCCAGCGUGCCAGUGGCCAUCGAAGGUGAGCAUUUGCUCACUGAAGUCAGUUACGACGCCGAACUGCAGUCAGGUCAAGACCCUGGUGGGGAUGACGAGCACAGUUUGUGCAGAAAUUCUUUGGUUGUACAAACCCACAGUUUGUUUCAUCGGCUGUCCGGGUGGGUGGUCUCAGAUGAUUCCGCAGGUGAAGAAUCCGGAUGUGGAGGUCCUGGGCUGGCUUGGUUACACAUGGCCUGCUGCUGUGAGGCUCGUUGAACAUACUGCCAAAUUCUCAAAAAUGUGUUGGAGGUGGCUUAUGUUAGAACAUUAAAUUAUCUGUCAAUAUCUCUGGUGGACAUUCCUGCAGUCAACAUGACAAUUUCACACUUCCUCAACUUCAGACAUUGGCCUCCCGAGUGUUGCAGUGGUCAAAGGCACUUCAUCGCAGUGUUUGAGGCGUCACUACAAACCUGGAUUCAAUCCCAGGCUGUGUCACAACCAACCCGGGAGUCCCAUAGGGCGGUUCACAAUUGGCCCAGCGUUGUCUGGGUUAGGGGAGGGUUUGGCUGGCUUCAUGAGACCAGAGAGGAGAGGAGAGCAGAGGACAUGAGGAUGGGAAAUGUUCCUAGUCUCUUUUUCCCUUGUGGGUGGAGGACAGCCCGCAUGGGGCUGAUGCCCUCAUUGUUUCAACUCCUUUGUUUCCCACAGUUGGCAAGCACAGUACCCCUUUCUUUGUCAUAUAGUAUAUUAAUGCAACCUUAACAUCCAGUACAUUCUCUCCUCUCCAACUGACCCAUCCUUUUUCUAUCCUAAUCCCUUACAUGCUCACUCUCCUCCCACUUCAUUGAACCAUAUCUUAUGGAGAAUCCAGAACAGUCAUGGUGUUAGUUGAGGAGCUCUGGAGACUGGUAGCUGUGUCCAUUGGCCCACAGUAGAAACUGCAAGCUGUCAUUAGUAGGCUGUUGAUUGGAGAAUAAGGCCUAGACCUUUCUAAUCAGCUGUUUUGCAUGCUCUUCCUGAUAUAGCCUAGCUCUGUCUGUCGGGGGGGGAUUCAACUGCACGUUUUGGAUUAGCUCCCUGGUGUUGUGAGUGAAGGAUUCGAAGAGGAGGACUCAGUAAAGAGUGAGCCUGUGCUGUACUGUGUUUGUGGUGUCCCAGCCCAGUGGACUGACUGUAUGUGUUUAGACUCGUCUCUCUAAGGGCCCUACUGCCUGCUAUACAGACACACCCACAAGGACCAAUCCUCCUUUCCUCCUCGCCCUGCGCCUGGGGACACACUGUGGUGGUGUGAUGGGAUUGGCUGAAUAGCGAGAGACGCUCCCCUACCAUCGAGGACACUCUGCAGAUGAGAGGUGGUCGUCUGCCCGUCCAAACUGCCCAAAAGACCUUCUCCCCAUCUGUCCUCACCUAAGAUGGCUUCCCACGGCCUUCUCCUGCACUGGAACGGACUGGAGCAGAGCUGUGCCCUACCAUGGUGAUCAUCUUCUCAAAAACACUGGAAAAGAAGAAAGGUGGCGAUCAUGUAAGGGCUAAGGACACUGAAUAUUUGCUGCUGCGUGAGCGCCACACCAUGAGCAGAGGGACUACCCUCUUCUCCUGUGGCACUGUGGAGGCAGACAGGUGGCUGGACCUUGGCCGAGGCUGUGCCAUCCAGCGAGGGACGCCCUGCGAGUCCGGCGCCAGUCUGGAGAGCCUGUGGGAUGUUCUGCCCGAGGAGUGCCAGCGGAGGAGCCUGGUCUGGGGCCACGAGGUUGGCCCUGCCACCGCCAUCACCAGCCUCAUUCGAGACCUUAACCUUGGCGAUGCCAAGCUGGCAGCCACCCAGUCCCUGGCCCUCACCAACUCCCCUUCAGCCUCCACGGCACCCCCUAGCAAGCGCCAGUGCCGCUCACUCUCCUUCUCUGAAGAGUUUGGUGGCUGCCGGUCUUCAUGGAGACCUCAGGUGUCGCGAGUGUGGACGGCGGUGGAGAAGAGGAGGUGCCACAGUGGGGGUAGUGUGCAUCGCUGCUCUGGAGGAGGUGGUAUAGGAGGUGGUGGAGGUUAUUCAGGGGGUCAUUUUCCUGCCAUGCAGCGGAGCUCCAGUUUCAGCCUACCCUCACGCUCCAACAACCCCACAGACGGGGCUCUGGAGCUGCCCUGCUUCACCCAGCGCCUGCCCCUUCACCCCCUGUUCACUGCCUCACCUAUGUCCCCUACGUCCCCCUCCCACUACCACCACUCCCUCAGGCCCCUCUCCUUGUCCCAUGAGCAGAUCAGCCUGCCAGAGCACCACAGGGAGGGGGCCAGCUCCCCGGACUUCACCCAAGAGAUGGGGAGACGUGCUGGACAGAGGGCAGGGGGGACUGGGGGCCUGUCCCGGAGCAAGUCCCAGCCCUGCGUCCUGAACGAUAAAAAGAUUGGCAUGAAGCGCAGGAGACCAGAGGAUGCACAGGAACCACGGCCCUCUCUGGACCUGGCUAAGAUGACCCAGAAACUCCAGACGUUCCACAGCUUGAGCUGCCCUGGGUUCUCUGGUCCGGACAGCUGUCGCUCAUACAUGCCCCCGCCCUCCACCAGGAGCUUGAGCCAAUCGGAAUCUGACUUCGCCUGUGCGUCUGACCUAUGUGCUGAGACUCAACAGGAAGUGGACGAGGAGGAGGAUGACUCUUCUUAUAAGGAGCUGGACAGUGACUCAGCGUGUAGCCUGGACUCCAGGCCCGGGUCCCCAUGCAGGGGAGGGGGGGAGAGAAUGGGGCAGGGACACACCCCCUGGAAGGGUGAGUAUGGGACAGAGAAGGACAUCUACCAGCUGGGGGGUGAGCUGGACAUCGACCAGAUCGAGAGGAACUGAAUGCAACCUGAAGCCUUUGGAUAAAGGAUUGUCAUAACCUUUUAUGAAGGCUGAGGAAUGUUUCUGAAGGUUUGCCGGAGAAUUUGGAAUUUCAUGACCACAAGAAGGAUGCCUUUAUGUAUGAUAGGUGGAUAUUGAUCAGGUUGAAAUGACCUCAGAGAGAGGAACCUAGAGAUUUUAGACAGUGGUGUUUGGAACAUUAUAAGGAUGUUUGUAUAUGCAGUGGGGGGGGGGGUGUUGUAUUGUGUGUAAUGUCAACGAAGGACAAAGCACGUGGAAGUAUCAAUAGAAGGUGCUGCAUGUUGAAUUGGCAGAUGGCUUAUUUGGUUGAACUUUGAGAUCCUGCAGGACAAACAGUUGUUUUGAACUGUCUCGUUGUCUUUCUGAAUCUAAAGGCAGUGGCUUUCGCUUGGCGACGUGCAGCCUAACUCAGGAGUGGGAAAGUGAGGGAUAGUCUUUAAUACCUCCAAAAAGCCCUCUCUCCUCUUAGCCUGAGUACCACCCUAUACACCUGGACUGAACUGCAGCAGGAAUAUGCUACAACUUCUGCUUUUCUCUACCAGAAUGGGGGGGAGACAUGAUGGACUGGGAGAGAGGGAUGAAAUAGAAGAGGAGAGAAACAGUAUUUUUUUUUCUCAUAGACAUCACCUUGACACUUUUCUUCAACUAUACCUGCAAGAAGGACACUCCCUGUUGAAUUCCAAGUUGGCCCCUAGCCUCUAUACCCUAUUCCCUAGCCCCUAUACUCUAGGCACUCCUGUAGAUAUGAAAGGAAGAUGGUACCAGUAUUAUGGUCAUUUCUUCACCUUCCCUUCUAACAGGCGGUGUGGAGUUUUCACCAUAUUGCUUACCUACCCAAGGGUUUCAGAUUGCCUAGGGGAUAGGGGUCCAUUUGGAAUUCCCAAGGUGUUCACACACCAUCGCUGAAUGUAAAUAAGCUUUUAAUGGGUUUGGAAAUAACAGGCAAUUUGGACGGUCAGAUACAUGUGUUGUCUUUACACCUCAGAAUACCCUACUCGAAACAAACCUUUAUGACGUUUAAUAGAUUCUAAUAUGCAAAAUGUAUAUUUGAAUAAACACUGAAUUUUAAGUUUUCAGUUCUAAUAUCAAUGUAUAUUUUUCUAAAUGUAUUUUUUAUGAUCUGUUUGUGAAGGAUCUGAAUUAAGAUUAAUCUUUAACAGGAUAGACAUGAAAUAAAAACACAAACUGCC